AUGCCAACAGAGGUGCAAGAUCCAGCUCCCUGCGCGGUUGAGGCAACUCUCUGGCGUUCCUGCCUGAAGGGAUUUGACUACAGUCCAGACCGACCACAAGGGGCCUGUGAGCACCAGCGGGUCGGCUACUACAGCUGUAUAAAGGACUGGAAUAUCCGACAGAAGGGACAGUAUGACUACUCACAGUAUAAUUUAGUGAAGGAAUGCGCAGGAGAGGCGGAGAAAUUACAUCAGUGUAUGAUGGUAAGCAUGUUUGAGGUUUCAGGUUGUCAACAGGCCAUGGCGCAGUUAAAGCGAUGUGCGGCUCGUCACGAUCCAGCGAUUCGAAAGGCACUAGCAGGAGAUCCCGCACUUGAUUCCAUCACAAACUUGGAUGAUGAACCACAGGGAAUUAAACGGUUGUGGUAUCGUGCUAUUGGAAAACUUUAA